AUGGCGCGCCCGGCACCCGACGGGGCGAGGCGGCCCGAGCGCCCAGAGCCUCCGCCCGGCCCGGACGCGUCGGGCACUGGGGUUUGGAAAGCAAAGACGGGGACGGAUCUGAGUGCACCCCGGAUCCGGGCUCGCCCAGCCCCACACUCGCUCCGGGGAGGAGGCGGGAGAGCCGCGAGGUGGGGCGCGUUGCUGGCCCCGGAAAGUUGCGCGCGACUGUGUCUUGGCACAGGAGCCGACGGCCAGGCAGGCGGGCGCAGGCAGCGUGUAGAAAGUCGGGGCGUCGGCGCCCGGGGGAAGAGUGGAAUCUCCCGGGCCCGGGCUGUCCCAGGCGGGCUGCAGGCGCGGCGCGGGUUGGUGGCAAAGGACCUGGCCAGCCCUUGCCCGGAGAGUUCCGGACACCUCAGCAGUGACCGCAGACUAGACCGAGUGCAAGGGUUUCUGCUGGCGCUUGGGGCUCUCAGUGGCAGGAGGAGGCGGAGCGUCUCGAACCUGCAGCCCUGGCGUCUGCCCGAGUUGGGCGCCCCAAGCCGACGGCGCUUAGGAGCAAAGGAGAGCGAACAGGUAAGUGGGGGCCCGAGCUGGGGGCCCUCGAGUCUCCGAGAACAGCCCCCACAGCUGCCUCGAGGCCGUGGCGUCCCGGCGCCGGGAGGGCCGCCUGCCGAGAUGGCUGCAACCCGCGCCCUCCGGCCGCCAAGUCCUUCUCCCGCCAGAUCCGGGUUGCGACAGAUUAGAGCACAAACGAGAUAUGAGUUUCAGAUACCUGCCAAGUGCUGGGCUCUAAGGAGAACAGUGGGAAUGCAGAGUCACCUGGACCAGGAGGCUUCCAGAAGUCUACAGAUGUGCACAGGGAACCCUUUGCAAACCUCCCUCCUGUUCAGCCUCAUCUCCCAUCACUUUCCCAGAACUCCAGACAAAAUGUAACUUCGAGUUCUCUCCAUGUCAUGGCUCGGUGCACACUGUUCUCUCUUCCAGGAAUGCCAUCUCUCACCCCAAAGUUAGGUCAUUUCUUUUCCAAACACAUCUCUUCUGAGAAACCAUCUUGUCAGUUAGACCCAUCUUUUGCUGCUGCCUGGACACCUCCCGUGGUCCUCUCUUCAACAUCUCACCCUAUUACACCUGUCUCUGCUCCUAAUCCAUGAGUUACUCGCAGGGAGAGAGAGUUGUUCUUGUUCAUCCUGAUAUUCCUUAAUUAGCAAAUUUUAGUUGAAUGAAUAAAAAUUGACUCCAAGAAGAAUUAGUCUGAGAUGAAGAAAAGAAGGUUCCCAUGGUGGAAGACAAUGACAAAUCAAUAGCCAAGUCCACAACAAACAAAUGUAUGAUUUAGGAAGAACUUGUGUAUGUGACCUGCCCCCAGUUUGCCACUUGCCCUCUUAGAAUAACUGCCCUGUUUCUAGUUCAGAACCUCAAGACAAUGUGCAAGUAGAUGGCUAGAAAGAGGUUGUUCUCUUUUACAAAUGUAUCAUCUUAGAAUUUUAACAAGUAACAUAGAGUAAAAAUAUGACCUUGAGGAAGUUCCCAAAGCACAAAUACUAAUGCUCUCUGCUGCUGUAUGUCAGCGUUUUUCAGACUGCAGUUGUGACUCAUUCCUGGGUUGUGACCAGUUUUUAUUUUUUUGUUUAAGCAAAAAGAAUAAAAUAUAAAGCGAGAAUGUCAAGGUAUGCUUCCUAUAUUAUUGCUUCGUAAAACUUUUGUUUUAGUUGCAUAUGUAUCAACUCUUCAGCAAAUCCCUCAUUAAUGGGGCUUUGCUUGUCCAUAUCACAGAUGGGUUGUUGUAAAUGGUUCCAAAUUUUCUAAUUCAUUUUUCUGAAUGUCACCAAUUUUUGAUUCAGUUUUCUGUGUCCAAUGUAUUCUCUAAAAUGUUUUGAGUCCUUCCUCCACCUGACUUCUACCUACCCCACAAUCUUCUCUAGUUUGGUAGGUACGUGUUGAUGGAGCAAUGGUGGGAAAUAGAUGAAUGGGUAAUAAUUGAAGCUGGUGGUUGGUUGUACUCGAUAUCUAUUUUUCUAAGGCAAUCUACAUGUCAACAUGUUGCUUCAAAAUACUCUUCCUGAAGACCACAAACUGUGUGUUAUGUAACUUCUGAAAAGAUUAGAGUGACAGACAAUGAAGUCUGCUUCAAACACAACUGACAGUGAGUAGGCAGGAAUCACUAUUGUUUGUUUUUGAAUCUGACUUUUCAUGGGAGUUGAGGAUCUCAAGAAUUUAAGAAAUAAAAAUCUU